UAUUUUCUUAACCGUUAGCUGAGCACGAUAUACAAUAAAUAUACAUAAGUUUUGUAACGAUGAUUAUGACUAAGUGCCACUUUGUGAUACUAUACUAUUUACAAUAUCUGUAAAUUGCAAAUAAAAAAUUAAAUAUAAUUUUAAUUGUUUUUUUCUUACUAUCCCUUUUGUUCUUGAAAAAAAAAUGAGGAUAAUUAGAUGAGUAUUUAAGAUAUUUGCGCCCGAAUUUAUAACUUUAUUGAUGCUCUUAAUAGUCUUAAUGAAAGGUUAAUAAUUAUGAUUCUUCUUUCAGGAAAAGAUCUUUUAUACUUUUAUACUUUUUAAAUAUUUUUACACUACUUGAAUACAUUGCUUAUAUUGCUUGCAGAAAUAUCUCAAGAUAUUUGUUAAACGUUAAGAUAAAUUUUUCAGAGCUUUCAGAACUAAUUGACUUGUGUUAUUUAAUGUCAUCUACGUUAAAUAUAAUUGAUUGCUUUUUCUAUCACGCAACUCGUAUUUUCUUGCACGCCGAAAGUGUAUACAUAUGAUCGAAGGAAAAAAAGAAGAUAUGCCGAGGGAGGAGAAAUAGAGACCACGCACGAGCGUCUGAGCCUUUAGUCUGAGGCGAGAGAAAGCAAAGAGGAAUGAGGAACGUUAUUCAGAGCCGUGGCAGAGUCCGGUGAAUUCAAGAUAGACGGAUAGCGUGCCUGCCGGGCUGGUCCGGAAGUCGCGUGUCGACGGCAGCCAUAACAGCACCCCUCCGCAACUCUUACCCCCCUUCCUUCACCCAGAACCACCACCUCCUGCUUGAUUUCCUUACUUGCUACCAGCGACGACCAGCACGGCCUACCACGGAUUCGCGCUUGUGUGGGCGAAAAGCAAUCCGUGCAGGUCGAAGGUAAAGGAGUAUUGGUGCAACAUUACCCUAACGAACCGCGAGAACGAGUCGGCGAUUGGUCGAUCCUGUCGAGCGAGCAAGGCCCGAAGGGAAGCAACCCUCUCUCUUCUUCUCUCUCAACUCUCGUUCUGAGUUACAUACCGUUUUCAGAAUCGUCAGGCUGACCGUGCUGUUAACACUCGUUCGGUGCCUUUACUAUUUUUGCUCGACAUUUUUGCUCUACAAUUGACUGAGCAGUAAAAUAAUUAACAGUGCGUCAACUGCGCGGAAGCCUAUCGUUUGUGUCAAGACGGUACUAUCAUACGAAACGCGAACUCUGAAAAUCGCUCAAAACUGUGUAAACGUAAGCGUCAUCGUAUCUUCCGUUCUGCCAAGUGUAACGUCGCGCCAAAUGCAAGAGUAUUCGCCUGAUGGCCGUACAAUCUCUCCAUUAACGUUGUGCAAUUUUGAAUGAGAGUGAGUCACUCGAGCGAAAAUCAUGCUCGCGGAGGGAUCGCACGUAGCAGCAUAGCAUGAGCAGUAACAGCAAGAAGCCAUCAGGAGGCAAGGACGAUAAGAAGAAUCCCUCCAGUAAAGAGGACAGUCCGUCGGGCGGUAAGGACGAUGGUGGUUCAGCGUCGACGGGAAGCAAUGGCGGUGCAGCCGCGGGAGAGCCGUCGCAGCCCGGGAGUAAGCCCAGCUCCGCCGGUGCGACUGCCAGAGAAGGGGCCCAAAGGCUGCUGGGCUUGGCGGCCCGCGGAGAAUGGGCCCCCGUGGACCAGCUGCUCAAGUCUCUGGAGAAGACGGUGCAGAGCGCGGGGGAGGAUGGCUUUAUCGUGCCCCUCGCAGGUGUUUUGGACACGACGACUGGGAUGACGCCGUUGAUGUACGCGGUGAAGGACAACCGCAGCGCGCUGCUCGACCGGAUGAUCGAGCUCGGGUCCGACGUGGGCGCCAGAAACAAUGACAAUUACAAUGCCCUCCACAUCGCUGCUAUGUAUUCGAGGGAGGAUGUCGUUAAGUUAUUGUUAUCCAAGAGGGGUGUUGAUCCCUAUGCUACUGGAGGGCCGAGACAACAAACGGCGGUUCAUUUGGUGGCGUCGAGACAAACGGGCACCGCGACGUCGAUUCUGCGAGCUCUCUUGGGUGCUGCCGGACGGGACAUCAGGCUAAAGGUCGACGGUAAAGGAAAAAUACCUCUUCUGCUAGCAGUCGAGGCUGGCAAUCAGUCAAUGUGCCGGGAACUCUUAGCACAGCAAGCGCCCGAUCAGCUUCGCGCCACCACACCAGCCGGUGAUUCCGCUUUACAUUUGGCCGCUAGAAGAAGAGACAUCGACAUGGUGCGGAUCCUGGUGGACUACGGCGCGGCUGUCGACAUGCAAAAUGGCGACGGGCAAACGGCGUUGCACAUAGCGAGUGCCGAAGGUGACGAAACGUUAGUGAAAUAUUUUUACGGUGUCCGAGCCUCUGCCUCGAUCACCGAUCAUCAAGAUCGAACGCCGAUGCAUUUGGCCGCUGAAAAUGGCCACGCUUCCAUCAUCGAGUUACUGGCCGAUAAAUUCAAAGCAAGUAUCUUUGAAAGAACGAAAGACGGCUCUACUCUGAUGCAUAUAGCAUCGCUGAACGGUCACUCGGAAUGUGCCACUAUGCUCUUCAAGAAGGGCGUGUAUUUGCACAUGCCAAACAAACGUGGUGCCAGGUCUAUUCAUACGGCUGCAGGAUAUGGCCAUGUGGGCAUUAUCAGUACUUUGCUACAACGAGGAGAAAAGGUGGACGCGAUAACCAACGAUAAUUAUACAGCACUCCAUAUAGCCGUGGAAAGUGCCAAACCGGCUGUCGUGGAAACUCUUCUAGGAUACGGCGCAGAGGUACACGUGAGAGGCGGAAAACUUCGGGAAACUCCGCUUCACAUAGCUGCCAGAGUACCCGAUGGCGACAGAUGCGCUCUGAUGUUAUUAAAAUCUGGAGCUGGUCCCAAUUUGACAACCGAUGACGGCCAAACGCCCGUGCACGUGGCAGCCAGCCACGGGAAUUUAGCGACGCUCCUUUUACUGCUCGACGAUGGCGGAGAUCCGAUGUUUAAAUCAAAAAACGGAGAAACGCCGUUGCACUUAGCUUGCAGAGGUUGCAGGGCCGACGUGGUCCGACACCUUAUAGAAUUCGUAAAGGAAAAGAAGGGCCCGGAAGUGGCGACCGCCUAUGUAAACAGUCUGACCAACGAAGGUGCCAGCGCGCUUCAUUACGCGGCUCAAAUCGAACCCUCGGAAGUUAGCACCCCCGGAGAUGAUCGCGCCAUUGUUCGCGCUCUUCUCGACAGCGGCGCGGACGUCUCGCUGCAGACCAGACAGGCCCAGGAAUCGGCGUUCCAUCAUUGUGCUCUCGCCGGCAACAACGAGGUCCUGCAGGAAAUGAUCAGUCGGAUGUCGGCUACGGAAGUGCAAAAGGCCUUAAACCGGCAGAGCGCCGUAGGUUGGACGCCUCUGCUGAUCGCCGCUCAUCGGGGCCACAUGGAAUUGGUGACUACACUCCUCGCCAAUCAUGGCAGAGUAGACGUGUUCGAUCUCGAAGGUAGAUCCGCUCUUCAUCUAGCCGCCGAGCACGGCUAUAUUGAGGUCUGCGACGCGUUGUUAGCGAACAAGGCCUUCAUAAACUCUAAGUCGCGCGUGGGAAGAACUGCCCUGCACUUGGCUGCCAUGAACGGUUACACGCAUUUGGUACGAUUCCUCGUGCAGGAUCACGGUGCCGCGAUAGAUGUGCUCACCCUGAGGAAACAAACUCCUCUUCAUCUGGCGGCGGGUUCGGGCCAAUUGGAGGUUUGCAAGCUGCUAUUGGAACUCGGUGCCAGCAUAGACGCCACGGAUGAUCAGGGGCAAAAGCCAAUCCACGCUGCGGCCAUGAACAAUUACGCUGAAGUGGCCCAGCUCUUUUUGCAGAGACACGCCAAUCUUGUGAUGGCUUGCACCAAGGACGGCAAUACCUGUGCUCACAUUGCCGCUAUGCAAGGCAGCGUCAGGGUAAUCGAAGAGCUGAUGAAGUUUGACAGGCAGGGCGUGAUAACCGCUAGGAAUAAACUGACGGAAGCAACUCCUCUGCAAUUAGCGGCGGAAGGUGGACACGCCGAGGUCGUAAAGGCUCUAGUUAGGGCCGGCGCGUCGUGUGCCGAUGAGAAUCGCGCGGGUUUUACCGCGGUUCAUCUGGCGGCACAGCAUGGUCACGGCCAAGUACUUGAAGUGAUGAGAACGACUCAAUCCCUCAGGAUAACUAGUAAAAAGCUCGGCGUUACCGCGCUUCACGUUGCUGCUUACUUUGGACAAGCUGAUACGGUUAGAGAAUUGCUAACUCACAUACCCGGAACCGUAAAGUCUGAUCCACCAAACGGAGCAUCUUUGGUUGGAGAGCUAGGGGCUGAAUCCGGCAUGACUCCUCUUCAUCUAGCUGCCUAUUCUGGAAACGAGAACGUCGUGCGACUUCUUCUCAAUUCUGCGGGAGUUCAGGUGGAUGCAGCGACGACAGAAAACGGCUGGAACCCCCUGCAUUUGGCUUGCUUCGGCGGUCACAUAACUGUCGUCGGUCUACUGUUGAGCAGAUCGGCAGAAUUAUUGCAUAGCUCGGAUCGUUACGGAAAGACUGGGCUGCAUAUCGCAGCGACUCACGGUCAUUAUCAGAUGGUGGAAGUUCUUCUGGGUCAAGGCGCGGAAAUAAACGCGACCGACAAGAAUGGUUGGACACCAUUGCAUUGUGCUGCACGCGCUGGCCAUUUGGACGUGGUGAAGUUGCUCGUGGAAAGCGGCGGGUCUCCAAAAACUGAGACGAAUCUUGGCUGCGCACCGAUCUGGUUCGCCGCUUCCGAGGGUCACAACGAUGUGCUAAAGUAUCUCAUGGAGAAGGAGCACGAUACAUACGCUCUGAUGGAUGAUAAGAGGUUCGUCUACAACAUGAUGGUCUGCAGCAAAAGCCAUAACAACAAACCGAUCGAAGAAUUCGUUCUGGUGUCACCCGCGCCUGUCGAUACUGCGGCCAAACUGUCCAACAUCUACAUGAAGCUUUCCGAAAAAGAAAAGGAGCGCGCCAAGGAUUUAAUUGCGGCUGGAAAACAGUGCGAGGCAAUGGCCACCGAAUUGCUGGCUCUGGCGGCGGGCGCCGACUCAGCCGGCAGGAUUUUGACGUCGAUGGAUCGCAGGAAUGUCGAGUUCCUGGACGUGUUGAUCGAGAACGAACAGAAGGAGGUGAUCGCGCAUACCGUGGUGCAGCGCUACCUGCAAGAGCUGUGGCAAGGUAGUCUGAAUUGGAACGCGUUCAGGACGAUCCUGCUGUUCAUCGCCUUCAUCGUGUGCCCGCCGGUCUGGGUGGUGUUCGCCCUUCCGCUCGGGCAUAGGUACAAUCACGUGCCUAUCAUCAAGUUCAUGUCGUAUCUUACAUCUCACAUCUAUCUGAUGGUCUUCCUAUUGCUGGUCGGCAUCACGCCGAUCUAUCCGGUGGUGAGGGCCAGUUUAAUACCGUACUGGUACGAGUGGUGCCUGCUGGUGAUGCUAUCGGGACUGUUGCUGUUUGAGCUGACGAAUCCCAGCGACAAGAGUGGCCUUGGUUGGAUCAAGCUGGCGGUGCUGCUCUUCGGCAUAUUCGGGGUCGCGUUUCACCUGAUGGGAUUUGUAAUCAUAGAGAGACCGUACUGGCCGACUCUCCUCUACCUGAGAAACCAGCUUUUUGCUCUCAGUUUCCUUUUAGCUUGCGUGCAGAUCCUGGACUUUCUUUCAUUUCACCAUCUGUUCGGGCCGUGGGCCAUCAUUAUCGGUAAUCUUAUGAAGGAUCUUGCGAGGUUUCUCGCAGUGUUGGCGAUCUUCGUCUUUGGCUUCUCCAUGCAUUUCGUCGCGCUCAAUCAAGCGUUCAAGAACCAAACGCCGCAGGAAGCGCGCGCGGAGGACAGAAGACAAAAGAAGGCAUUCUCCGACGAUUUGUUGGCCAAUGUUACGGAAUGGAUGAUGGAGACGCCACCAACGGCGCCUCCUCGUCGCUUCGGCCGCUACAAGAAAAAGAAUGAGUGCUGUGACGAUAACAGCAGAGAUUUAAAGAUGAAUCCGUUACUCGCCUUCGAGUAUCUGUUCUUCGCCGUCUUCGGCCAAACGACCCACGGCGAGCUGAAAGUCGAGACCAAUCAGCCGCACUGGACCUCGGUCCUCUUCAAAUUGACCUUCGGCGUGUACAUGUUGGUCUCGGUAGUGGUGUUGAUUAAUCUGCUGAUCGCCAUGAUGAGUGACACUUAUCAACGGAUACAGGCGCAGUCGGACAUUGAGUGGAAAUACGGAUUGAGUAAACUGAUCCGAAACAUGCACAGAACUACCACAGCUCCAUCCCCGCUAAACUUGCUCACCACCUGGACCGUGUACUUCAUCAAGCUGUGCAAGCAGCGCACCGCUAAACGCAAGCGGCCCUCGUUGGUGCACAUGAUGGGGCUGCAGCGCACCAGCCGAUUGUCGCCCAGGUCCAAAAUGGGCGCAAAAUGGCUGGCCAAGGUUAAGAAGGGUCAGGUCCGUCCAAAGGAUAGCAUGACCCUCUCCGUAGUGCACCUCAGCCCGUUGGGCAGCCAGCUGUCCUUCAACAACGCGACCAGAAUAGAGAACGUAGUGGACUGGGACUCGAUCAGGAAGAAGUAUCUCGCCCUAACCGGAAACGAGCCCGAGAAGGACGAUGCGGAGAAGGAUGAGAAGGGUGACGCGGACGAAAAUGAGGAUGAGAACGGGCCUACGGCAUCCAACGCCUCGACGAUACCGGCGGCAAACUCGAAUCCGCCCACGUAGAAGAGAUAGUCGUCGCCCUUUGCUAUUCUUCGGUCAAAUUGCCGAAUGCAAAAAGCAGCGCGAGCAAACGAGCGACUAAAAUACCAUUGGCCGCCGCACGAUCGUGCUAACUAUUAUUUACUAGACAGAUUAAUUGCGCUAAAGAUUCACACCCUCUAUAAACAGUAUUUAAAAUACACAGAACUUCAGACGAUCGAGCGAGACCACCACAGAGGAUCCUCGCGUGAUCCUCGACGCACCCGGCAACCGGCCGAGCAUUUAAGCAUCUGAGUAAGUAAAGUCUCAUGACGUGUGAUACGUGAAUCUCGUAGGAACGCAUAUGAUCGAUGUUGUUUGUGAGAUAUAUGAGAAUGGGUCAAUUUCGCCGAACACACAUCAUACCCUUCUCCGUCACAUCGCACGACCGAAUGACGCCUGCGAAUGCCGAAUCCCCCAUCACAUUCGCUCGCUCUCGAUGUUUCAUUGAAUGUUGGAUCAUUCAUCCGCGACACCAUAGCGCGUUAUCAUCCACAGAACGCAGUUUUUUCCUCGAUCGACUCGUUGUGACGAAAUUUUGACUAUUAGAGAGAACCUGUAAACAUUAAUUAAAGUUAAAUAACCUAAAUAAAUUUGCAUAGAUGUUUUUGUAAAAAGAAAUAGAAAGAACUCCAUAAAUGCUAAAUCUCUUUAACUAAUGUUUACACAAAUUAUCAUUAUAAUAAAAUAUUCCUGACAUCACAAAUGUUUAAAGGCCUAUCUGAAUAUAUCCAAAGGUUUCUGUUAAAUGUCCCUUAAAUAUUUGUAAUAUUCAGGAAAAUUGCACGUAACAUACAUCUCAAGUCUCCUAAUUUUUUUUAUGUUUUAUGCGCUUAAAAUUAGAAACCGUCCCGUUAAAUAAAAGCGCGUUUUUUCUUAGGCGCUUGAACUUUUUCUGACGACAAGCAACAGAGAGAAGUUGAGAUACGAGUCGCAGCAUAUUUAUAUCCUGUAUGGCUUGAAAUCAAUUCUUUUUGCGACGUUUGGUAGUGGCAACGUUAGCAUGUGCCUGGGCAGUGGCAGAGAAAUUUUGCAUAUAUACGUUCGUGUGCAUAUACACGAGAGAAACUUUACGAGACACGUUGUUUAACGCGUAUUUACAGUCAGGAUG